GAAAGAUGGCGCUGUUCAUAUGGAGGGCUUGUAGUUGUCAGCACUCGCUACACGGCUUCUUGAAGGCAGGACGCUUACUCCAGAGCGGGGUGUCCACCAAGAGCUUCCACUCCAGUGAGUGUACUUCCUGUCUAUGGCAGAAGAAGACUAUACGCUGCGUCUGCUGCUGUGGGCGUCCGGGUCAGACCCCUUUAUUUGUUGCUGGGCAGCGGCGGGGGCUAUGCCGGCUACAAGCAGUAUGAGGGCUACAAGGACCGCCAGCUACAGAAACUUGGGCUAGAGGUUCCGCCAAGAGUAGCCUACACCUGGGAGGUUGCAGUUCCCUCAGCUGGCUCUCAGACGGAGGUUGGGGCAGCUGACCUGUAUGUCUAGGUCAGCACUGAAACUGCGUUCCUGGCCUCUCACAAUCCUUUAUUACCUCUUACCGUUUGCUGCACUUAGGCCCUUGGUCAGAGUGGGAUGGCGACCUACCAGCAGGGUUGCCAUCUACAAGUCUGUUCCAACCAGACUCCUUUCUCGUGCUUGGGGUCGUCUGAAUCAGGUGGAAUUGCCAACAUGGCUGAGGAAACCCGUUUACAGUCUGUAUAUUUGGACUUUUGGUGUAAACAUGAAAGAGGCGGCAGUAGAAGAUUUGCACCAUUACCGAAAUCUCAGCGAGUUCUUCCGCAGGAAACUGAAGCCACAAGCACGACCUGUUUGUGACUCCCAUAGUGUGAUCAGCCCAUCAGAUGGAAAGAUUCUGCACUUUGGACGAGUGAAAAACUGUGAAGUAGAGCAGGUUAAAGGGGUAACCUAUUCACUAGAAUCCUUCCUAGGACCACAGACUUGGACUGAGAACCUACCCAUCACUAAGACUUCAUUCCAGGACCAACUGGUAACAAAAGAAGGAAACGAGCUGUAUCACUGUGUCAUUUACUUGGCCCCUGGUGACUAUCACUGCUUUCACUCACCAACAGACUGGAAUGUGUAUCAUAGGCGCCAUUUUCCAGGAUCUCUCAUGUCUGUGAACCCAGGAGUUGCUCGGUGGAUAAAAGAGUUGUUCUGUUACAAUGAACGGGUUGUACUCACAGGGGGAUGGAAACAUGGAUUUUUCUCACUCACUGCAGUUGGUGCGACAAAUGUUGGGUCCAUCCGCAUAUAUUUUGACAGGGAUUUACAAACUAACAGCCCACGUUACAGCAAAGGCUCUCACAAUGAUAUGAGCUAUGUAACGAAUAAUAACCAGGAUGGCAUUGUAAUGAGAAAAGGUGAACAACUGGGAGAAUUCAACCUUGGUUCCACCAUUGUUCUCAUCUUUGAAGCGCCAAAGGAUUUUACAUUUAACCUGAAGGCUGGACAGAAAAUCCAUUUUGGAGAGGCCAUGGGCUCCUUGUAGGAAAAGGAGUCAGUUUUGCUUCCUGAAGAAGGGCCAGAGACCGUUUGUAUGUUUUGGUGACAGAGGCUGAAAGCAACGUCUCUAUGCAAGUUGGAAUUAUGUGCACAUGCCAUACUGAAGUCGGUCAUGCAGAUCCAGACCAUCUGCCGUGGCUACUGCCUCCCACAACCAGGCGUCAUUACACACUUUAAUUUCCACUCCUGCACUUUGUCUAUGAGGUGUGGCUUCCUGC